AUGGGAGUCAAAACAGUGGCCGUUUAUUCUGAUGCUGAUUCUCACAGUUUACAUGUACAAAUGGCUGAUGAAGCAGUCAAUAUAGGCCCUCCUCCGACAAAUCAAAGUUAUCUAAAUAUUCCUAAUAUAAUCAAAGCUAUCAAAGAUACCGGUGCUCAAGCUGUACAUCCAGGAUAUGGUUUCUUAUCAGAAAAUCAUCAUUUUGUAAAGUCUUUAAAAGAUAUCGGUAUAACUUUUAUAGGACCUGGUGAAUCUGCCAUGGCUGAUUUGGGUGAUAAAAUACAAAGUAAAAUUAUUGCAAAAAAAUCUGGUGUUAACACUAUUCCUGGAUUCAAUGGAGUUAUAGAAAAUACAGACCAUGCUUUAGAAAUAGCAAGAUCAAUUGGUUAUCCUGUGAUGCUUAAAGCUUCUGCUGGUGGUGGUGGUAAGGGUAUGCGAAUUGCUUGGAAUGAUCAAGAAGUCAUUGAUGGAUUUAAAUUAGCAUCCCAGGAAUCACUCUCAAGCUUUGGAGAUGAUCGAUUAUUGAUAGAAAAAUAUAUCGAUAAUCCACGUCAUAUUGAAAUUCAAUUACUUGCUGAUAAUUUUGGGAAUGUCCUUUAUUUACCAGAACGUGAAUGCUCCAUCCAAAGAAGAAAUCAAAAGGUCAUUGAAGAAGCACCAAGUGUUCAUUUGAAUCCAUCUACUAGAAAAGCUAUGGGUGAACAAGCAGCGCUACUUGCUAAACAUGUUGGAUAUGUAUCUGCUGGAACUGUUGAGUUUUUGGUAGAUCCAGAAAGAAAUUUCUAUUUUCUUGAGAUGAAUACACGUCUACAAGUUGAACAUCCUAUAACCGAAUACAUUACAGGCCUUGAUUUGGUUGAACAAAUGAUAAGAAUUGCUGCAAAUCAAAAAUUAUCAAUGAAGCAAGAAGAAAUCAACAUUAACGGAUGGGCAGUAGAAUCACGUGUUUAUGCUGAAGAUCCCGAAAAUUACUUACCAUCUAUUGGAAGGCUUAGUAAAUAUAUUGAACCAGUUAGUCUUACCAAUAAAAAAGAAGUGCGAUGUGAUUCUGGUAUUGUGGAAGGAAGUGAAAUAAGUAUUUAUUAUGAUCCAUUGAUAUGUAAACUUUCUACUUAUGGAGACACUAGACAAGAAGCUAUUGAUACAAUGUUAGGAGCUCUAGAUUCAUACGUUAUAAAAGGUGUCACACACAACAUUCCAUUAUUACGUGAAGUGAUUGCAAGUAAAAGAUUUAGAUCUGGAAAUAUUUCAACGAAAUUUUUAGCAGAAGAAUUUCCAGAAGGCUUUAAAGGACAUGCUUUAAAUCAUGAAUCUUUAUAUGAACUUGCUUCAAUUGCUGCAUUAAUUCAUGCUAAAAGAGAUUAUCGUAAUUGGUGUUGGGGUGGUGGUAAAGAGGCACUGUUCAAAGGUGAUUUGACUGGACAUGCUCCAAAAAAAUGGAAUCUCUGGAUAAAAGUUCAUGCUGAUGCUGAACUUGAACCUUUAUAUGUACAAAUUGAAAAAAAAAGUAGUACAAGAUUUCCAAAAACAAACAUCACUGCCAGAUGGCAAUUAGAAUCACCUUUGGUAAAUGCACAUUUUCAACAACAAGAAAAUCAAAAAGAAAAAAAUAUUACAGUACAAUAUUUGCAGCCAUUACCCGUUGGACUACGUCUUCAACAUGUUGGAACAAAAUUCGAUAUCACAAUUCACAAUGAAUUACAGCACCAAUUGAUUAAAUACAUGGCUGAUAAACCAAAAUUAGACACAUCUAAAGUGUUAUUGAGUCCCAUGCCUGGCAGUGUUGUCAGUGUCUCGGUUAAAGCUGGAACUGAACUUGCAGUUGUAGAAGCAAUGAAAAUGCAAAAUAUAUUAUAUGCUGCAAAUAGUGGUAAAAUUAAGAAUGUCAAUGUCAAACCUGGGGAUUCUGUAGCAGCUGAUGAAAUUAUGAUAGAAUUUGAAGAUGAAAAUCCUGACAAAAAAUAA